AUGAUAUUGACUAGAAUCGAUAAAAGACUGUCUAAAUUUUCGGCAAUGAUAGCUCAAGUCAAUAAGUUUCUGGUUUUCUCUCAUGUGGUUGUUGAAAAAUCCAAUAACAAGCAAAACCCAUGUCCCGUUUCCCUUAAAGUUCAAUGCUUUUGCAGUUCCAGAUGGCCCAAGAAUGCAAAAAUUUCACAUUCUGGGUCAGUUCAAUCUGCUCUUACUCUUUCUAGUUGUCGUGUUCAAUGUCCUGUUACUCUUUCUAGUUGUCGUGUCUCGCGUGCUGCGAGAACUGAGGCUCAGCGUGUGCUUUUUGAUUACUUGCAUUGCACUAGGAGCUUUGAUUUCAGUGAUGCAGAGCAUAUUAGUAAGAAUUCACCACAUUUUAUUGAAAAUUUACUCUCCAAGAUUGAUAAUAAUAAAAAUGUUGUGAGGUCCUUGAAUAAAUUUCUUAGGUACAAUCCAAUUAAUGAGUUUGAGCCAUUUUUUGAGAGUGUGGGUUUGAGGCCAUCUGAGGUUCCUUCAUUUCUUCCUCGACGUUUGAUAUAUCUUGGUGAUGAUGAUAUGUUGCUAGAGAACUUUCAUGUUUUGUGUAAUUAUGGAAUACCCCGAAGUAAGAUUGGUAGGAUGUACAAGGAGGCAACAGAGAUUUUUGGAUAUAAUCAUGGGAUGUUGAAAUUGAAACUUGAGGCUUAUGAAAAGUUGGGUCUGAGUAAAACCACUGUUGUUAAGCUCGUUAGUUGUUGCCCAUCUCUCCUUAUUGGUGGUAUUGAUAGUGAAUUUGUUAGAGUUCUUGAGAGAUUAAAUAGAGCAGGACUAAAGAAUGAUUUGAUAGGAGGGUACUUGUCCGCUAAAGACUCCUAUAAUUGGAAAAGACUGCUUGACACUAUAGAUUUUCUUGACAAAGUAAGUUAUAGUGAGGACCAGUUGCGUGAUCUGUUGAAAAUGAAUCCUGUGUUAGUGUUUGAAGGUUCUGGGAAGAAAGUUUAUUUGUUGUUUGGUCGGUUACUCAAAUUGGGUCUCAAGGUGAAUGAGGUUUAUUCAUUGUUUAUACAACACCCACAAAUCUUGACUAGUAAGAGUGUGAGGAAUCUUUUGCGGGCAGUUGAUAUCUUGUUAUACAUUGGAAUGGGAAUAGAAGACACUGCAAACAUCAUAUCUACCCAAAUGGAGCAUCUGUGUUCUACUCCUUUGAAAGGACCUAGAACUCUUCUUAAACAAUUCAAAGUUAAGAAAGAUAGUUUAUGCCAAAUCCUUAUGGAAGGUCCAUUGGAGUUGUUCCUUUUGGGUUCUAAAUUGAAAGUUGAAAGCAGCGAAAAAUUAGCCUCCCGAGGUGCGAGUAACAAAUUGGAGAAAGCAGCAUUCUUGUUGAGAUUGGGGUAUGUUGAAAACUCAGAUGAGAUGAUGAGAGCUCUAAAAAAGUUUCGAGGUAGAGGAGAUCAAUUACAAGAGAGGUUUGAUUGCCUGGUACAAGCUGGUUUGGACUACAACGCUGUCUCUAGCUUCGUUAAACAAGCUCCAAUGGUGCUAAACCAGACCAAAGACGUACUUGAAAAGAAGAUUGAUUGCCUGACAAACUUCUUAGGCUACUCAGUCGACUCACUGGUGGCAUUCCCAGCAUAUUUAUGCUACGACAUGGAGAGGAUUAAUCUUAGAUUUAGAAUGUAUAUUUGGCUGAGGGAAAAAGGUGCAGCAAAACCCAAACUGUCUUUGGGCACUAUCCUUGCAUGUUCAGAUGUACGAUUUGUAAAAUAUUUUGUAGAUAUCCAUCCUGAAGGACCAGCUAUGUGGGAAAGUUUAAGGAAUGCAUCAGCUUCAAGCUAA